CGCCGUCGUUUAAGUUUGUCAACAACAAAACAACGACUUUCUCAGGAUCGGUGUCCCGUUGUCAUGGAUAAUAAGACGUGUGGUCUAUACUCGGCAGUAUACUGAAUUGAAAUGAAUUAUGAAAGAAAUAAGGAUCUAGAAAAUCAGGCAUGUGACUACGAACUUAUAAAUGAAAUUGCUACUGAUAACUGGUUGUCGCCAGCACAAGUGUCCCUUACAAAACUUGAUGAAAUUAAAAGAUCAUCAAAUUUUGUUAGUCCAAGUAGUGCUCAUCGUCCAAGUCCAAGAAGCCGCUAUUACAAAAGUUUUGUUGACUUACGAGCUGAGCCACCAUUGAGUAAAUUUCCAGAUAAUCUUGUUUGGGGGACUAACACUUCAAUUCAACCCCUGACAACUUGUCCAGGAGAAUGUAUAACAGCGUGGAGUGUGAUUGAAGCAAGUACAACUCAGAACAGAUUUCCGGAAAGUCAAAAGAGGACUUUCAAAACAGUGGCAGACAAAACAGAACACACAUUGAAAGCGAAGGAUAUUGUGAGUACAGAUAUCAUCUCAGCCCCUGCACCUUGCCCUUCCCCAGACUUGGAUGUUUUAGUGAAACAACUACAGGUAUCAGAAGAGGAGGAGGAGGAAGAGUUACAUACUAUCAUUCCAACCCACUUCUAUCAUCAAUUACAUGAUUCAAAGGCUAGUGUGAAGCUGUUACGACGACCCAUUGCUCAUAGACCAGCAGUCUAUGGUUCUAUUGGUGAUUACCAGAAAGACCACCAUACUUUUACAAGACCUCAGUCCUGCCACUGUCACCUCCACCAGUGUGAUAAUGAAAUAAGACUAUCAAAUGAAGUAGAUGGUACCGAUUCGGAAGGUCAAAAGGAAACUUCACCAGUUGAAAAAGAACCUUCUCAAGAAAUACUCAGCUCAGCUAUAGGAGUAACUACAGAUGUGCAGCAGGGUGAAAUGACCAAUUGCGCUACCAAGUUGAAACGUUGUAGAAGUGCCACGAGUCGCUGCUCAGUCAACUCAAAAGGUGGAAGCCCCUCAUCUCUGGUUAGAAGUUCAAAGCCAUCAGUAAAAUCUGCUCAGAUGAAAAAUCAAAAAUGCAUAGAAAGAAGACGGAAUAGAGAAGCAGUAGAAGCCUUAAGGGAUGGGUCGUUAUUACAGCACAAAAAAUAUACAAAAUUAUUAUUUUAUGAAGAAAAUCUCAAAUUGAAAAGAAGAAAACCAGAAGAUGAAGAAGGGGAAAUAAUUGAGAUCGUAACAGCUGAGGAGGCUAAAUUUGGUGCUGAAGUAAUUGAGAUGCAGCAAUAUUUAAUGACACAAGGUGUUCACAUUCCUCUCCACAAACUGCAAAGGGGAUUGUGUGCUCCUUCUGUGAACAACUACCAUAAAUGCAUCAAACAAAAUAAAAAUGCAUUGAAACUUCUGUAGUUCAUGGUUUGGGAAGAAAAGGAAACAUCUACUCUGUACAAGAUAAACAGCCUAAGCAGCUCUCAGAAGCAAGUAAAAAAAUACAGACGAACUAUUAAGGUGUAUCCAAAGUUUCUGUAGUGUGAUGCUGAUGAUUGCCAUACACCUGGCAUUGCAUUGCAGGUUACUCUUCAAGUAAUUUUGCUGUUAUCCAUUGAUAGAGCUAGGUAGACUGAAGCAAUGUAGAUAAAGCAAGACAAACUGCCUUGCUCAAGGCAUCUCAAGGACUCAAGCAAAAUGCACAGCGGGGCAUUGAACACUAAAAAAGUUUUUACUGCUAAUAUUUACAGUAUUACUUUGACUAUUGUGAAAAUGCAUAAUUAGUAUAAUUUUGGUGGAUGUUUGCACACACAAAACAGAAAUUUCUACCCAAUAUGCUAAUGAUAUAUCUCAUUUGAACAAAUGAAUUCAAUAGAUUGGAUAUCAAAACGAUAAUAAAAUAAUAUAAUCAUUAAUAUAGGACGACUUUUAAAAUUAUUUAUCUUCAAGUUAUAUUAUAGUUAGCCAUAAGGUUGAAUUGGAGUAUGUUGAGAGUAACCUGUACUAUACUUAAAAUGUUGUACAGUAUUUAUUUUGUAGGCAUGCACAAUGACAAUAAAUAUCAAUUAUAAUUUGG